CAGAUGUGGGGGCUAACAUUGUAGUGGUGAAUUCAACACAGGCUAAUCGAUACACAUUUGUGGCUCCGCCUUGUUUGUUCCAUAGUGGUCAUUCAUGAUCCUAUUGCGCACAUUCACAAGCUGAUUGACGGAUGCAGUUAUGUAAGAAACAGUGAUAAUCUCACUUUGCGCAGUCGUGUUUAAUUCUAGGCUAUUACAGACAAUGAGUUCGGACAAGGAGCACAGAAGACCGCUUCGGCUCAUCGCGGCAGUGUGCAACAACUGGGGGAUAGGGAAGAACGGACGCUUGCCUUGGCAUUUACCGACAGAGUUCAAGUUUUUUGUAGACACAGUCACAAGAGUGUCCCGAGCAGGAAAGAUUAACCUGUUGAUUUGGGGAAAGACCUGUUGGUACUCCAACCCCGAAAGUCUGUUUCCCAUGUCUAAUGUUGUCCAUGUGGUUCUGAGCAAGACCCUCAGCGCCGUACCCGAAUACGCGCAUUUCCUUUGCAGGGAUUUUAAAGCGGCCGUGGGCCAGACGUCUCUCCCUCACAUCAGGGACCUUGUAGAGACCAUCUGGGUCGUGGGAGGGCACCAGGUCUACAAGGAAGGCAUGGAACACCCCUGGUGUGACCUGGUCUACCUCACAGACGUCAUGGCCGACUUCAACUGUGAUGUCUUCUUCCCCAAACUUGACCGGAGGAUCUUUAUAAAGCAGUCUAGGUUUCCACAUGUUCCAAAUGAGAUUCAGGAGGAAAACGGCAUAAAGUACAAGUUUCAAGUUUUCAAAAGAGCAGAUCUAUAGGUCUGGUGAUGCUGUAAUGACUGAAUGAAGCAGAAAUACAGGUCUGAUCAGAGAAAGUCUCCUUCCACAGCCAACCAUGCUGUGGAUUCAAGACUUGUUGCAGGGUGUAAAUUCCUGAUUUCACAAUAAAUGACGUGCACAGA